AUGCCCGCAAAGUCGCGAUUCACGAGGCUAGACGCCUUCGCCAAAACCGUCGAAGAUGCGCGUAUUCGCACCAACUCCGGUGGUAUCAUCACAAUCGCCUCAUUGCUUGUGGUCUUGUGGCUGGUCUGGGGAGAAUGGGCGGAUUACCGUCGAGUUGUGGUUGAGCCGGAGCUGAUUGUUGACAAGUCGAGAGGUGAGCGAAUGGAAAUUCAUUUGAAUAUGACAUUCCCCCGAUUGCCCUGUCAGCUUUUGACACUGGAUGUUAUGGAUGUGUCCGGUGAGCAACAGGUCGGUGUUGCGCAUGGUGUGAACAAGGUUCGUCUGGCAUCUGCCGCGGAGGGUGGAAAUGUCAUUGACGUCCAAUCCUUGGAUCUUCACUCCCCCGCCGACGCUGCCGCUCACUUGGACCCAAACUACUGUGGUGAAUGUUAUGGAGCCAUCGCACCAACCAAUGCGAUCAAGGAGGGCUGCUGUAACACUUGCGACGAAGUGCGCGAGGCCUAUGCUCAGAAGUCAUGGGCUUUUGGUAUUGGCGAGAACGUGGAACAGUGUACCCGGGAAGGCUAUGGCGAGAAACUGCAGGCACAGCGCCGUGAGGGAUGCCGAAUUGAAGGUGUUCUGCGAGUCAACAAGGUGGUUGGUAACUUCCACAUUGCUCCUGGUCGCAGUUUCACAAACAUGAACAUGCAUGCUCACGAUCUCGAGAACUACUUCCUCGACAGUGCUUCAUCCCCCGAGAACAUGCAUACCAUGACCCAUGAGAUCCAUGAACUCCGAUUCGGUCCCCAGCUACCAGUUGAGCUCUCGGAGCGCUGGCAGUGGACUGAUGACCACCACAUCAACCCGCUCGACGGCACCUCCCAGAAGACUGAUGUGCCCGACUAUAACUUCAUGUACUUCUUGAAGAUUGUUUCGACUUCCUAUCUGCCCCUCGGCUGGGACCCGAGCUUCUCUUCUGCUAUCCACAGUGCCUAUGAUAAGGCACCUCUGGGCUCCCACGGUCUUGCUUAUGGCUCCCAGGGUAGCAUUGAGGCUCAUGAAUACUCCGUCACCUCGCACAAGCGUUCUCUUAAGGGCGGUAACGAUGCUGCCGAGGGCCACGAGGAGCGUACUCAUGCUGCCGGUGGUAUUCCUGGUGUUUUCUUCAACUACGAUAUUUCCCCAAUGAAGGUUAUCAACCGAGAGACUCGUCCCAAGACCUUUACCGGAUUUUUGACUGGUGUUUGUGCUAUUAUUGGUGGUACUCUGACCGUCGCUGCGGCUUUGGACCGUGGUUUGUAUGAGGGUGGUAUGCGUAUUAAGAAGAUUCACUCGAACUAG